AUGUUUAUUGUACAAUUCUUUGUGCUUUCCGAUAAUGUUAAAUUUGCUGUAGGUGCCAAUAAAUGGUUACAAUUCAAAAUGUUUACCAUUCUUAUGGCUUGCGUUGGAGCCGUUCUUCUUUUCUAUAUGCAAGAAGAAGAGGCAUUUUGUGCCUUAAAUAUCUUAAUAGUGGAUAAUGCAAUGCAUGGCUUAUUUAUAGAAGGAUUUCCAAAAUUGACACGAUUUUUGGAACAUCACGACCAUAUAAUGUCAAAAAUCAUGCGUAAAUUACAUCAGCAUUUUAUAAAGCACAACGUCGACGCUAUAUUGUAUUCAAUUAAAUGGUUUUUUGUAGUGUUUUUGGAAAGGAUACCCUUCAGCUUAAGUUUACGUGUAUGGGACAUUUUUCUGCUGGAAGGUGAUCGGGUCAUUACGGCUAUGGCAAUAACAAUAUUGUACUUGCACAAAAAUGAACUGUUACGCCUGAUAGACAUGGAUUCUAUUAUUGAAUAUUUGCAAGUUAAAUUGCACAAGAAUUUUGGUUACAACGACGAUUAGGUUGUUGAAGCUUUGGAGCGAGUAAUGAAGAAGCUGAAAGAUUUAAAACUUGAUGUACCACCUCCUGCCAAAGUAAAUAAAUUCCCCACGAAACCAUUGGAAGAAUUUAUUGAAGCCGAUAUUGAAAAGAAAAUAGGGCGACGACGUUCGGAAUAUACGGGUACCGAAAAACAGGUUAUUAAUGAUGUGAUAUUAAGACAAGAACAAAAUGCAAUUGAAGUACAAUCUAAUGUUUCUUACGAAACUUCAGAAUGUGCUACGGCUGAGUUUAUAACAAAAAAUGCUUAUCGGGCUCAUCAAGAAGACAGUCAGAGUACGGAAAUCUUGUGGAAAUUUGAUUUUGGAACUUCCAAAUUUAAAGUGAAAACAUACACUCUACGCUUUGAGAUGAAAACAUUUGGAGAAGGUAACGUAGAACUCCUAAUACAUCCUUGUGACGAAAUUGCGGUCACGGAUAUCGAAAACUGUACCCGUUUUGAGAUUUGUGCCAAAUUAUCGGGAGGUAAAGGUGACGUUGCUUGGCAGCAUAAACAGCUUUUUAGACAAAGCUUAAAUUCCAAAAACUAUCCCUUCGAUUUACAAGUAGAACUUUUAUAA